CCCGGCUCUGUGAUGCUGCAGGGCAGCUGCUGGCCCAGCAUGUCUGUCCCCGGCCCCCUCCCUCCCAGUGUCACAACAGCGGAGGCGGCUGUAUCUGGAGCAGCUGGGGUGGGCAGGCCCAGCCGGGAGCAAACGGGCUACUGGAGCGGCCGCGAUGCGGGAAUGCAUAUCUGUCCACGUGGGCCAGGCUGGGGUCCAGAUCGGCAACGCCUGCUGGGAGCUCUUCUGCCUGGAGCACGGCAUCCAGGCCGAUGGCACCUUUGGCGCACAGGCCAGCAAGGUCCACGACGAUGACUCCUUCACCACGUUCUUCAGCGAGACCGGCAACGGGAAGCACGUGCCCCGGGCCGUCAUGGUCGACCUGGAGCCCACAGUGGUGGAUGAGGUUCGGGCAGGAACCUACCGCCACCUCUUCCAUCCAGAGCAGCUGAUCACGGGAAAAGAGGAUGCAGCUAACAACUACGCCCGGGGCCACUACACGGUGGGCAAGGAGAGCAUCGACCUGGUGUUGGACCGCAUCCGCAAGCUGACAGACGCCUGCUCGGGCCUGCAGGGCUUCCUCAUCUUCCACAGUUUCGGGGGCGGCACCGGCUCUGGCUUCACGUCUCUGCUCAUGGAGCGGCUCUCCCUGGACUACGGCAAGAAGUCCAAGCUGGAGUUUGCCAUCUACCCGGCCCCUCAGGUCUCCACAGCCGUGGUGGAGCCUUACAACUCCAUCCUGACCACGCACACGACCCUGGAGCACUCAGACUGCGCCUUCAUGGUGGACAACGAGGCCAUCUACGAUAUCUGCCGGCGCAACCUGGACAUAGAGCGGCCCACGUACACCAACCUCAACCGGCUCAUCAGCCAGAUUGUGUCCUCCAUCACAGCCUCCCUGCGCUUCGACGGCGCCCUCAAUGUGGACCUGACCGAGUUCCAGACCAACCUGGUGCCCUACCCCCGCAUCCACUUCCCGCUGGUCACCUAUGCGCCCAUCAUCUCAGCUGAGAAGGCCUACCACGAGCAGCUGUCCGUGGCCGAGAUCACCAGCUCCUGCUUUGAGCCCAACAGCCAGAUGGUGAAGUGCGACCCUCGCCACGGCAAGUACAUGGCCUGCUGCAUGCUCUACCGGGGGGACGUGGUGCCCAAGGACGUGAACGUCGCCAUUGCCGCCAUCAAGACCAAGAGGACAAUCCAGUUUGUGGACUGGUGUCCCACGGGCUUCAAGGUGGGCAUCAACUACCAGCCCCCCACGGUGGUCCCCGGGGGGGACCUGGCCAAGGUGCAGCGGGCCGUGUGCAUGCUGAGCAACACCACGGCCAUCGCCGAGGCCUGGGCCCGCCUGGACCACAAGUUCGACCUCAUGUACGCCAAGCGCGCCUUCGUACACUGGUACGUCGGCGAGGGGAUGGAAGAAGGCGAGUUCUCCGAGGCCCGGGAGGACCUGGCUGCCCUGGAGAAGGAUUAUGAGGAAGUGGGGACUGAUUCAUUUGAAGAAGAGAAUGAAGGGGAGGAAUUUUAAAUACAGAUGUUCCUCCUG